CUUGCGCUCCCCCGCCGCCGGCCUCCGAGGAAGUUGGGCCGGGGGGCGACCUGGGGAACUCUCCUUUUCCGCUUGCAUUUUCCCUUCUUCCGAGUUCCCCGCGGGCGGCUGCUGAUGGGCUCCUCUCCCCAGGCGCGGUCAAGUGUGCCGGUUUCAGCCCCGAGCCCUCCGCCGCCGAGGCCCUCCCCUGCCCGGGGGACUCGGUGGCACAGGCUUCCGGGGCGUCGGGAGCGACAUCCCUGUCCUGGGCGGUGGGGGCGGGGAGGGGAAAAGUUGCGUGCGCCUCCCGCCGGCGGGGGCCGCCCCUCCCGCCGCCUCCCCCGCGCCCACCGCCCCCAGGUGAGGCUGUCUGCGGGGUGCGGUUGGCCCUCGCCGGCUUUCGAUCUUGCGUGGCAGUCGCUAAGCCCUCCGGGAUCCGAAAGACGCUGGGUUUGGGUGGGGGCUGUGUGUGAGGACUUCUCAUCCCGGCGCACUUCCCUGAAAAGGCGACCUGGCCGAGGCCGAGGCCCAGCGAGGACCGAAAAGACUGAAGAAUAUGAAAGAGGUGUCAAAAUGACAUCCAGAUUUGGGAAAACAUACAGUAGGAAAGGAGGAAAUGGCAGUUCAAAAUUUGAUGAAGUCUUUUCCAACAAACGGACCACCCUUAGCACAAAAUGGGGAGAGACUACGUUUAUGGCUAAGUUAGGGCAGAAGAGGCCGAAUUUCAAACCAGAUAUCCAAGAGGUUCCCAAGAAACCUAAGGUGGAAGAAGAAAGUACCGGAGAUCCUUUUGGAUUUGAUAGCGAUGAUGAGUCUCUACCAGUUUCUUCAAAGAAUUUAGCCCAGGGUAAGGGCUCCUCUUACUCCGAGUCGAGCGAAGCUGCUCCGCUGGAAGAUGUGACUUCUGUACUUGAAGCUAAUAGCAAAAUUAGUCAUGCAGUGGGGGAAGACAGUGUCGGAUCUGAUAAGUGUGUGCAUCUGGAGGAUGCUUUGCUUGGGAAGGAAAAGAGCACAAACCGAAUCUUAGAAGAUGAUGCAAGCAAAAGUAGCUGCACUAAAUUAAUGACUUCAGAUAAAGUGGAGAAUUUUAGUGAAGAAUAUGAAAAGAACAGUCACCAUAUUUACAAAAAUGCUGAAGACAGUACUAAGAAACCCAAUGCAGAAACUAUAGUGGCUUCUGGAUACAAAGCUGAUGAAAUCAAGGAAACAAAUGAUACUUGGAACUCCCAACUUGGAAAAAGAUCAGAAUCUCCAUCAGAAAUGUCUCCGAUGAAGGGAUCUGUAAGAACUGGUUUGUAUGAAUGGGAUAAUGAUUUCGAAGAUAGCAGAUCAGAAGAUUGUAUUUUAAGUGUGGAUAGUGAUCCUCUUUUGGAGAUGAAGGAUGAAGAUUUUAAAAAUCGGUUGGAAAAUUUAAAUGAAGCCAUUGAGGAAGACAUCGUGCAAAGUGUUCUUAGGCCAACCAACUGUAGGACGUACUGUAGGGCCAAUAAAGCAAAAUCCUCGCCAGGAGCAUCCAAUUUUGAUAAGCUAAUGGACGGCACCAGUCAGGCCUUAGCCAAAGCAAACAGUGAAUCAAGUAAAGAUGGCCUGAAUCAGGCAAAAAAAGGCAGUGCUAGUUGUGGGACCAGUUUUAGAGGGACGGUUGGACGGACUAGAGAUUACACUGUUUUACAUCCAUCUUGCUUGUCAGUUUGUAAUGUUACCAUACAGGAUACUAUGGAACGCAGCAUGGAUGAGUUCACUGCAUCAACUCCUGCAGAUUUGGGAGAAGCUGGCCGUCUAAGAAAAAAGGCAGAUAUUGCAACUGCUAAGACCACUACUAGAUUUCGACCUAGUAAUACUAAAUCCAAAAAGGAUGUUAAACUUGAAUUUUUUGGUUUUGAAGAUCAUGAUGAGACAGGAGGUGAUGAAGGAGGUUCUGGGAGUUCUAAUUACAAAAUUAAGUAUUUUGGCUUUGAUGAUCUCAGUGAAAGUGAAGAUGAUGAAGAUGACGACUGCCAAGUGGAAAGAAAGACAAGCAAAAAAAGAACUAAAACAGCUCCAUCACCCUCCUUGCAGCCUCCUCCGGAAAGCAAUGAUAAUUCCCAGGACAGUCAGUCUAGUACUAAUAAUGCAGAAAACUUGGAUUUUACAGAGGACUUGCCUGGUGUGCCUGAAAGUGUGAAGAAGCCUCCAAAUAAACAAGGAGAUAAAUCAAAGGAAAAUACCAGAAAGAUUUUUAGUGGCCCCAAAAGGUCUCCUACAAAAGCUGUAUAUAAUGCCAGACAUUGGAACCAUCCAGAUUCAGAAGAACUACCUGGGCCACCAGUAGUAAAACCUCAGAGUGUCCCAGUGAGGCUGUCUUCAAAGGAACCAAAUCAAAAAGAUGAUGGAGUUUUUAAGGCUCCUGCACCACCACCCAAAGUGAUAAAAACUGUGACAAUACCUACUCAGCCCUACCAAGAUAUAGUUACUGCACUGAAAUGCAGAAAAGAAGACAAAGAAUUGUAUACUGUUGUUCAGCACGUGAAGCACUUCAAUGAUGUGGUGGAAUUUGGUGAAAAUCAAGAGUUCACUGACGACAUUGAGUACUUGUUAAGUGGCUUAAAGAGCACUCAGCCUCUAAACACACGUUGCCUUAGUGUUAUUAGCUUGGCUACUAAAUGUGCCAUGCCCAGUUUUCGAAUGCACCUGAGAGCACACGGGAUGGUAGCAAUGGUCUUUAAAACCUUGGAUGAUUCCCAGCACCAUCAGAAUUUGUCCCUUUGUACAGCUGCCCUCAUGUACAUACUGAGUAGAGAUCGUUUGAACAUGGAUCUUGAUAGAGCUAGCCUAGAUCUAAUGAUUCGACUUCUAGAACUGGAACAAGAUGCUUCUUCAGCUAAGCUACUAAAUGAAAAAGACAUGAACAAAAUCAAAGAAAAAAUUCGAAGGCUCUGUGAAACUGUGCACAACAAGCAUCUUGAUCUAGAAAAUAUAACGACGGGGCAUUUGGCUAUGGAGACGUUGCUGUCCCUUACUUCUAAACGAGCGGGAGACUGGUUUAAAGAAGAGCUCCGGCUUUUGGGUGGUCUGGAUCACAUUGUAGAUAAAGUGAAAGAAUGUGUGGAUCAUUUAAGUAGAGACGAAGAUGAAGAGAAACUAGUGGCCUCAUUAUGGGGCGCAGAGAGAUGUUUACGAGUUUUAGAAAGUGUAACAGUGCAUAAUCCAGAGAAUCAAAGCUACUUGAUAGCAUAUAAAGAUUCGCAACUCAUUGUUUCAUCAGCUAAAGCGUUACAGCAUUGUGAAGAACUGAUUCAGCAGUAUAACCGUGCGGAGAACAGUGUGUGUGUACCUGACAGUAAGCCUCUGCCUCACCAGAACGUGACUAACCACGUGGGCAAAGCCGUGGAGGACUGCAUGCGGGCCAUCAUUGGGGUGUUGCUCAAUUUAACUAAUGAUAAUGAGUGGGGCAGCACCAAAACAGGAGAGCAGGAUGGCUUGAUUGGCACAGCCAUGAACUGUGUUCUUCAGGUUCCAAAGUACCUACCUCAGGAGCAGAGAUUUGAUAUUCGUGUGCUGGGCCUAGGUCUACUGAUCAACCUAGUGGAGUACAGUGCUCGGAAUCGGCACUGUCUUGUCAACAUGGAAACAUCAUGUUCUUUUGAUUCUUCCUUCUGUAGUGGAGAAGGAGACGAUAGUUUAAGGAUAGCUGGACAAGUCCAUGCUGUUCAGGCUUUAGUGCAGCUAUUCCUUGAGCGAGAGCGAGCAGCCCAAUUGGCAGAAAGUAAAACAGAUGAGUUGAUCAAAGACGCUCCCACCACUCAGCAUGAUAAGAGUGGAGAGUGGCAAGAAACAAGUGGGGAGAUACAGUGGGUGUCAACUGAAAAGACCGACAGUGCAGAGGAGAAACAGAAGAAGGAGGAGGAUGACGAAGAGCUUGACCUCAAUAAAGCCCUUCAGCACGCUGGCAAACACAUGGAGGACUGCAUCGUGGCCUCGUACACAGCACUCCUGCUCGGCUGUCUCUGCCAGGAGAGUCCAAUCAAUGUGACCACUGUGCGGGAGUAUCUGCCAGAAGGGGACUUUUCAAUAAUGACAGAGAUGCUAAAAAAAUUCCUGAGCUUCAUGAACCUUACUUGUGCUGUCGGAACCACAGGCCAGAAGUCUAUCUCGAGAGUGAUUGAGUACCUGGAACACUGCUAGCUGCUGUACCUUUGCUCCAGGUGCUCGGUGUGCUGGAGCUGUCCUUAGACAAAGACGGCCGUGGGGAUGUACCAAGAACAUUCAUCAGUAUCAUUCAUGUUUGGAUUUUGAGGCCACCUGAUUUCUUCGUCAUGCAUUCUGCGUUUGCUAAAAGACAGUUACCACAUCAAUCUGCAGCUAUCAGAAAGGAGGGGAAAGGUUCAGGCUGUCAGCGCCAUGCAGUAUUUACGUACACUUCCCUUGGCAGAGUUCCUUCUCUCCCCUGUUCUCUUGCUUCAUUCUGGGCAAGUUUAAGGGGACGAUUUGUGCUGCUGUUAGUGCAACUGCUGUGUAUGUUGAGCCACUGUUGUCAGGCCAGCCAGGUGGAGAGGCAGCUUAGCUACUGAGGCGUCGAGUGUUCGGAGGACAUUCUCGACCACAGCUUAGUUCCUUUUUCAGGCUCAUUUGCUUUUGCUUUUUUGUUGAAUGAUUCCAAUCGUAAAUAAAGCUUUUAAUAAUUUUGUGAA